AUGGGAUCAGCUUCCUCAUCGUAUCAUCCACGAGCUCUCUACCUCGACGUGGACGGCAAAAUGCAGAAGGUGAUUUUUAGUCAACGCUGCAGCCCUUAUGACAUCAGAGAACUUCUUUGUUCUUCAUCAAACAUAGCAAGGAACACAGCCAUAUCCCUAGUUGAUCCAGACGGAGCCAUGGUUUCUAUCUAUCCCACCAUGCCAACCAACUCUCCCAAUCGUUUAUAUAAAGUAGUGCCACAGGCCACAAGUCAAGUCGGAGAGAAAGAAGAUAUGUUCCAGAACGUCUUGGCUCAGGUGGCAGAGCAAUUCAGCAGGGCCUUCAGGAUCAAUGAACUAAAAGCUGAAGUGACAAACCGACUGGCCAUGCUUGAGAAGAGAGUCGAGUUGGAAGGCCUGAAGGUGCUUGAGAUUGAGAAAUGCAAGAAUGACCUCAGAAGGCUACGGGAUGAAAUGACCUCCAGGGGAGGGGGAAGAAUGACCUGUGCCUGUAAAUACAACUUCACAGAUGACGGCAAAAAACUGUCCCCAAGGCGCGACGUUCCGAGCUAUCCAAAGUACACGCUAUCUCAAGAGACUAUUGAGGCUUUGAAGAAACCCACAUUUGACGUCUGGCACUGGGAGCAUAAUGAGAUGCUAAGCUGUCUAGAGUACAUGUACCAUGACCUGGGACUGGUGAAAGAGUUUAACAUGAAUCCAAUCACACUGAAACGAUGGCUGUUGAGUAUUCAGGAACACUAUCGUGAAAACCCCUUCCAUAACUUCCGCCACUGUUUCUGCGUUAGCCAGAUGAUGUAUGGAAUGAUUCAUCUCACUAACCUGCUGGAAACACUCACAAUGACAGACAUGUGCAUCCUUAUGACAGCAGCAGUCUGCCAUGAUCUGGACCACCCAGGAUAUAAUAACACUUAUCAGAUUAAUGCACACACUGAGCUGGCUGUGCGGUACAACGACAUCUCCCCUCUGGAGAACCAUCACUGCGCAGUGGCCUUCCAGAUCCUCUCACUGCCCGAGUGCAACAUAUUCUCCAACACAGAUCCAGAGGCUUUCAAGCAGAUACGACAGGCUAUAAUUACCCUCAUAUUGGCCACUGAUAUGGCCAGGCAUGGGGAGAUACUUGAUUCGUUCAAAAAGAAAGUGGAUAACUUUGAUUUCACCAAUGAGGAGCAUGUGAAAUGUUUAAAGAUGGUUUUGAUAAAGUGCUGUGAUAUCUCCAAUGAAGUCAGGCCCACUGAAGUAGCUGAGCCAUGGGUGGACUGUUUGCUUGAAGAAUACUUUAUGCAGAGUGACAGAGAGAAAUCUGAAGGCCUUCCAGUUGCUCCCUUCAUGGAUCGGGACAAGGUGACCAAACCCACCGCCCAGAUUGGUUUCAUCAAGUUUGUCUUGAUACCCAUGUUCGAGACAGUCAUGAAGCUCUUCCCUCAGAUUGAGGAAAUUAUGGUGCAACCUUUACGGGACUCCCGUGACCAUUAUGAAGAACUGAAAACGAUUGACGACGCCAUGACUGAGGUGAAGAAGAAGACAGACAGUAUGCCCCUAGGAGGAAAGAAAAAAUAA